AUGAAGGAAGCUAUUGUUCUGCCCAGCUUGGAAGUCGAGAUUCUCGACAGCCAGAUCCCCACUCCAGGAGACGAAGAGGUCAUUGUCAGAGUUGUGGCAAUCGGACUGAAUCCGAUUGACUGGAAAGGCGCAGAUCCCGAAGUUGCCAUUCAACUCCACGGACACUUGAAAGCAAAACAAUACGCAAAUCCGGGCAAGGAUGUUGCUGGCUACGUGCACGCAGUUGGGUCCAAAGUCUACGAAUUCAAGCCAGGCGAUCGUGUUCAAAGUACCAAUCAUGGAAGUGGAUUUGCUGAAUACUCUGUUGGCCCAAGGCACACGACAUACAUCUUACCAGACUCGGUAUCUUUUGAUGUGGCUGUUACGUUCGGACUGAGCUACAUCACAGCUGCAUUGAAUCUGUACAAAGAACUGCGCUUGCCUGAGCCUUGGGUCCCCGCAGAAGAUCCCACGCCUCUCGUCAUAUAUGGUGCCGCUUCGUCAGUUGGGGCGUUUGCAGUGAAGCUUGCCUCUCUAUCCAACAUCCACCCGAUUUAUGCCGUUGCGGGGCGAGGAACAGAAUUUGUAGAAUCGCUUCUCGAUAGCUCCAAGGGAGAUCGUGUCAUCGACUAUCGCGAAGGCCCGGGUUUUGUCACUGCCGAGAUCCAAAGACUGGCCCCGAAGCUCGAGUAUGGGCUAGAUGCUAUCAGUACACCUGAUACAACGUCCGUCAUGGUAAAACUCAUGGACCCUGUCAAGGGGCGUCUCAGCAUGGUUCUUCCUCAAGAAUUGCCACCGCAAGUCGCUGCCGGGAUUAAGACGACUGUGUCGUUUGCACCGGCACUCUGGGAGCCAAACGACGUCAACAGUUCUGAAGUUGAGCGCAGGGAUCUCACUGCGCUGAAGUCGUUUGCACAUGUAUAUUUUCGCUACCUCUCCGAUGCGUUGGCUAAUGGUAUCAUCUCACAUCAUCCUUUUGAAGUCGUUGAUGGUGGGUUCGGUGGGAUCUCGAGAGCGCUGGAGGACCUAAGAGACGGCAAGAAUAGUGCGAGCAAGUAUGUUAUCCGUGUAUCUGAGUGA